AACGCUCCUCAGUCUGGCGCGCUCUAUUGACCACUCAACACGUGUUUUAUUUUUUUUAUUAGUUAAUUACCCACGGACAUUAUAAAACUCCUCUUGUAUUGUAUAAUAAACUUAAUUAUUCUCGUCAACAAAUUAACUCACAAAGAUGGCGGAAAAAUUAAGGGAAGGAUUGAUCUUGGGACUGGGAAACCCUCUCCUGGACAUCUCAGCUGUUGUCGACGAAGAUUUUCUCAAGAAGUACAAUUUAAAAGCUAAUGAUGCAAUUCUCGCUGAUGAGAGUCACAAGCCGCUGUAUGACGAGCUGAUUGAGCAGUACAAAGCGGAAUUUAUCGCUGGUGGAGCGGUUCAGAAUACUAUGAGAGUCGCUCAAUGGUUCCUGGAAAAACCUCACGUGGCAACAUUCAUGGGUUGCGUUGGCAAAGACAAGUACUCCAAGAUCCUAGAAGAAAAAGCGCGAUCAAGUGGAUUAAAUGUAAAGUACCAGUACCAUGAUACAGUUCCUACCGGAACUUGUGGGGUUUUGAUAACCGGAAAAAAUAGAUCGCUAUGUGCUAAUCUGGCAGCAGCUAACUGCUUCCAGACCUCGCAUAUCCAUGAGCCAGCUAACCAGCUCUUGCUGGAGUCUGCUCAGUACUACUACAUAUCGGGAUUUUUCUUAACAGUAAGUCCGGAGACGAUCCAAGAAGUCGCCAAGCACUCGCACAAAAAUGGCAAGACCUUUAUGAUGAACCUGAGCGCUCCGUUCUUAUGCGAGUUUUUCAAGAAACCGAUGAUGGACGCGUUUCCGUACGUCGACAUUAUUUUCGGGAAUGAAACAGAGGCCGAAGCUUUCUCAAAAGCCAACGACCUGGGUACUAUGGACCGCAAAGAAAUCGCCUUGAAGAUGUCCAAGAUGGAUAAGGUCAAUGAGAAGCGCCAGCGAAUUGUUAUAAUUACUCAGGGCGCGGAUAAUGUUAUUCUUGCUAAGGAUAACACUAUUCAGGAAUUUCCGGCUACUUCUUUGCCGGAGGAAAAAGUUGUUGAUACUAAUGGUGCUGGUGAUGCUUUUGUUGGGGGUUUCAUAGCGCAGUACGCCCAAGGUAAAAGCAUCGAAACCUGCAUCAAAUGUGGAAUUUGGGCAGCCACUGUUAUUGUGCAACGUUCUGGUUGCACCUACGAAGGAAAACCAGAUUUUGCUAUUUGACCAAAAAAAAAUCUACAUUUUUAUUACACUGUAUUUUUUAUUAUCAAUAAAAAGACACUAAAUGUUUAA